AGGUCAACACAAUUGUUUAGCUGAUUAUUUAUCUCGUCAUCCAAUACAAAAUGAUGAAGAAAUAUUUGAUGAAGAUUAUGGCAUAAACAUGUUAUUUCAAGGGGAACCACCAGAAAUGGUGUAUGUUCCUGAAAACAAUUCUCAAAUUAUUGGUGCUGUUGUUACACGUUCAAAGAGGAAACAAAUAGCACAACAACAAGAUCAAAUUCAUACAACUAUACCAUCAAUUACAAAUGAUAAAUCAUCUUCAUCAAGUCAAGAAAAAAUUGAACAUUCAGAUGAAGUUACCUCAGAUUUAAUUACACCUAAUAAUUUUGAUAUAACUCAAAUCAAAACUGAACAAGCAAAAGAUCCAAUUAUUCUAAAUAAAAUUAAAGAAAUUAUGAAAGAUUCAACAAAACAUUCUUAUGUGUUUAAAGAUGGCAUAUUAUACAAGUUGGCAUUAAUGCGUAGUAAUUCCAAUACAAAAACAAAAUUAAUUUAUUUACCAUCAUCUAUGAUUAAUUCCCUCCUUCAAUUCUACCAUAAUGAUCCACUUAGUGGUCAUUUUGGCGUUCGACGUACAUAUUUAAAGAUCAAAAAUAAAUUUUGGUGGCCAAAAAUGAAACAAUCGAUUAGUAAAUAUAUACAAUCGUGUUUACCUUGCCAACAAUACAAUAUUAAUCGAUCAAAGAAACCAGGACAACUUUAUCCAAUUCCAGUGCCAGAAGGACCGUACCAGUUAAUUGGUAUCGAUUAUUGUGGACCGUUUAAGAAAACACCAAGUGGUAAUUUAUAUGUGUUAUGCAUCACGGAUUAUUUUACACGAUGGGUGACAGCAAUCGCUUUACCCGAUUGCUCAGCACAAACUACGGCACAAGCAUUAUUCAAGGAAUAUAUUUGCCGAUAUGGUGUACCAAAAUCUAUUUUAUCAGAUCAAGGUACACACUUCAAGAACCAGUUAAUGGAAGCAAUGGCAAAAUUAAUUGGUUAUAAUCAUAUUUUUUCGAGUGUUUACCAUCCACAGACUAAUGGAAUGGUUGAACGUUUCAAUGCAACAUUUGUUCCCCAGAUUGCAAAACUUCAAAAUCGUGAAAAUAACAACUGGGAUGAAUUUUUAUCACCAGUAGUAUUCGCUUACAACACUGGAAUUCAUGCAACAACUGGUUGUUCACCAUUUCAAUUACAAUACGGCCGUGAUCCACGUUUACCUACAGAUGAACCUCCAACAUCGUUCACCUUCAACAAACCACAAGAUUAUUAUGAACAAUUAAAAAAGAAUCUACUGAUAUUACAACGACAAACAUGUGAUAAUGUUAAUAGUCGACAACAACGAUACAAAAAUCGCUAUGAUAAACAACGUGCAGAUCCACAUUAUGAAAUUAAUGAUUUAGUAUUGAUUAAAAUUCAUGGAACAAAAACGAAAUUAGAUCCAAAAUAUUCAAUUACACCUAAAGUGAUUAUUAAAAAACAACAUCCAAUCAUUACUAUGUCAGAUAAAUUUAUUCCACAUUAUUUACGUGAUAUUGAUGAUAUAUUAAAUAAUCAUGAACCAUAUCAACAACAAACAUGGACACGAACAGCAAUUAAAGCAGAAGAAAAUGCUGAAUUAAGUCAACAAUAUCCACCAUUCGUCGUACCAACAGCUAUUUAUUAA